GAGGAAGUCUCACGCUGCAGGACCUGGCCGAGUAUAAUGUCACAGUGAGCGACGCCUGGGUUGUUCCUCUGGGAGAGUACCAGAUGCACAUCGCUCCACCGCCUGCAGGGGGCAUCAUCCUCAGCCUCAUCCUCAACAUCAUGAAAGGGGAGCAGCCUCCCUCCUCCAUGGCCCCCACUGUGCUGAAGUCUCAGUCCAAGACACUGGUGAUCGGAGCGUCCGGUGGUGGCAGGAUCACGACCGGGAUCGCCUCUGCGCUCAUUAACCACCUCUGGUUUGGAAAGAGCCUGGAGGAGGCGAUCGCCGCCCCCGUUCUUUUUGUCCACUCUGAUAAUAAAGUGGAGUUUGAAGCUGAUUUUGAUCAGGAUGUAAUCGAGGGUCUGAAAGCUCUGGGACACGAAGUCAAACCUGCAGGAGAUAUCUACAGCGUGGUCAACGCCGUGGAGAUGGACGGCAGCUGCAUCAGCGCCACGUCCGAUGAGAGGAAACAGGGCAAAGCCGCCGGUUACUGAGACCCAGGAGCCAGCGGUUGGCGCUGGAUAACCAGCCUGAACUGUAACAGUGACUCUCUGUUCAGUGUGUACAUAGUUUGAGCUUUAAUUCUUCCCACUGUUGUUGUUUUAUUUGUGUCUUUCUACUGUGAAGCUAAAAAUGUUCAGUCGUUCUUUUUUUAUGUGAUAGAAGUGCCUUCGUGUUAAUAUCUGAGACGUAGAAUACUCAGGGUUACGUAUAAUCAGCGUUAUCAGAUUUUAAAGACGGUUAAAAGAUAAAAGCAAUAUUUAUAUAGUCACAUCUUAAAUUAGCUAAUGUAAGCAAAACAUCAGCUAACUAACGAUUGAUGUAAAUUAGUAGGUGUAUUAGUAGUCUAUGUUGAAAAGACCAAAUGUUGAAGAUGGUUAAAAGAUAAGAGACAUAUAUAAUAUAUAUAUAUAUAUAAUAUAUAUAUUCACAUUUUAAGUUAGCUGAUGUUAGCAGAACGAUAGCUAAUGUUAGCUAAUUCUAGACACGUGUUGCACUUUGUGUCGGACCUGGCGAAAGAAAAAAGAUUGAAGGUUGAAGCAGCAGACGUCCAUUCCUCAAUACUUUAAGCUGUUUUUGUAAAGUUAGUUUGAACUGUAAAAAACUGUAAACUCUGAAUAUGCUAAAUGUCAACAUCAACUGUAUUUGUAAUAUUCAAAUACUGCUCAGGAAGAAAUGUGUCAAAUCCCAAAUUAACUAAAACCAUUUUUUAAAUAUUAUAAAAACACGUUCUUCUGCCAUUCUUAUAUUGUAAUUUAUUUUAGUUUGUAGCUUUAAUUUUACAUAAAAUCU